AACACGAAAGAAAAGAAAAACCCCAAUUUUGAAUCUAUAUAAAACCCUAAUUUGUCAACGAUGUAGCAAUUUGAACUCACAGCAAUAAGCGAUGGGACACUCAAAUGUUUGGAACUCUCACCCUAAAACCUACGGUCCUGGUUCUCGCACUUGCCGUGUGUGCGGAAAUCCACAUGGAUUGAUCAGGAAGUAUGGCCUUAUGUGUUGCAGGCAAUGCUUCCGUAGCAAUGCCAAGGAGAUUGGUUUCAUCAAGUACCGCUAAAGAGUUAUGUCUGUGACCAACCAAUUUUAGGCCCUUGAAUUAGAAUGUUGUGAGGAGGAUAUGUUUGAAGCUUCUUGAGUUUAUUUUUUUGCAUUUAAUUUAUUUGUCAGAUUUUAUUGGUUGAAUUAAGUAUCUUUUAUAUAUAUUGUUUUAUACCACAAACAAGUCAAGUUUUAAUGGUAUUUAGUUAAUUUGUAUGGUUUUAUAGUUUGCUACUACAAUCAAAGAAAAUUUUAAUGCUGCCA